AUGUCGGUGCUGUUUACGUCGAUUUCUCCGAACAACCCGGUCAAAAAGGGUGAUGUUCAGGAUCUUCUGCAAAACGUAGGCCUGUCCGUCGCGCCGGACGAAGAAGAUGACUUCCAGACGCUGCUCGCAGCGGUGCAUGACUGUGCCGAGACAGUCUCCAAUCUACCGGACUACCAACCCGUGCCUGAUUUGGAGCGGUAUCCCCGUCAAGAUGUACGGCGUCCGUCCCCCGAGGAGCAGGUCUUCGGCCAAGCCUGGGCCCAUAAGUUCCUGAUCAAGGGCAAUGCGAACGGUGGGCCCCUGGCCGGAAAGACCUUCAGUCUGAAAGACUGCAUUGCUGUUGCCGGCGUGCCGCAGCUUCUGGGAAGCGAUAUCAUUCCGUCUUGGACCCCGGCCUCGGAUGCCACCGUGGUGACUCGCGUUUUGGAUGCUGGGGCCGAUAUUCUGGGCACUUCGACUUGCGAGAAUUAUUGUCACUCGACCUCCUCGUUUACGAGUGCGCAGGGGACGGUUGAGAAUCCCUUCGCCGCUGGGUAUUCUUCCGGGGGUAGCACUUCGGGAGGCGCUGCUUUGGUUGCUGCCGGGUUGGUAGAUAUCACUAUUGGUGGCGAUCAAGGGGGGAGUAUCCGAGUGCCUUCUUCGUUCUGUGGCUGUGUCGGGCUUAAACCCACAUAUGGUCUGGUACCCUACAGCGGGAUCAGCAGCGGGGAUGCUAUCAAUGAUCACACUGGGCCUCUAGCCAGGAAUGUCCUCGACGUGGCCACCUGUCUGGACUCGAUCAGCGGCUACGACGGAAUGGACGAUAGGUGCCUGGGAAGUCCCAAGCACGGAUCAACACUAUACGCCAACGCCCUCCAAACGGAGCCUACGAGGCUCGAUGGUUUCAAAAUUGCCGUUCUCACAGAAGGAUUCGAACACAGCAUGGUCGACCCAGCCGUGAAGAAGACGGUGCAGAGCGCAAUCCAAAAAUACACCGAGCUCGGCGCCACGAUCGAAGAAGUGUCGAUCCCAGAACACCUCAACGGGCCCGCCAUCUGGACCAUCCAGCAGCGCAUCGCCGGCGCUCAAACCCUCCUCGGCCACGCCCACGGCCGACGCGGUCUCUCCAUGACCGAGAUGGAGCGCGAGCGACUCCCCUGGACAAACGAGGGCUUCCAGAGAGCGUUCCCGGCGACGAAAAACGUCAUCAUCAACGGGCUGUAUCUCUCCUCGCGGUUCCCGGAUCUGUACAGCAAGACCAACAACAUUGGGAGGAAGCUGCGAGAUCUGUAUGAGGAGGUGUUCACGAAAUAUGACCUUGUGGUCAUGCCCACGACGCCUGUCGUUGCGCCUCGGAAUGGUAAACGCGGUCUGCCGAUUGAGUCUGUCACGCCGAGCAUGGGGUUGACGAUCAAUACCGCUAUCUUUAAUGUGACUGGGCACCCUGCGAUGUCGAUCCCGGUGGGAUUUGCGCCCUCGAAGGAUGACCCGCAGGUGCAGUUGCCUGUGGGGAUGCAGAUUGUCGGGGGCUUGUGGGAGGAGUCGAAGAUUCUGAAGGCUGGGCACGCGUGGGAGACACAUUUCAACUGGAAGGAGGGUGUAUGA